AACCAAUUCUUGUAUUUUUUUGUGUCAAAUAAACCAAUUAAAGCUUCCUCUACGUCUUCUUCUCCACGGCGAAGAGUAACCACAAAAACAUUGUCUUCUUCUUCUUCCUCAUACAAUCGCUCUGCGAAAAUCUCAUGGUCUUUCGAAAAUGGUGAAGGCUUGCAACUUGACGUGGCCUUCCGCACCACCCGGAUUCUCCACGCCUUAUCCGCAACGUCACGCGUAUACCUCACGCGCCGCCCCUUUACUGCGGGUGAAGGCCUUCCAGCGCGGAGACUUCGACCGCUUCGCCAAUAACAUCAAGUCGGGGAAGGCUUUGAGAGACGCGUGGCGGACCGCGAACGAUGGAUUUGAGCAAUUCGUCUUUGAGGCGAAGAAAACCGCCGAGCGCAUCGAUCGUCAGUACGCCGUCUCUCGCCGUUUAAGCUCAGCCGCAAGCUCCGCUGGUGACCGUGCUCGUGAGAUUGAUCGCGAGUUUGGGAUAAGCCCACGCGUCAGGAGCUUUUCCGUCGAUUUUAGUAGAAAUUUCCCCAAGUACCGGAAGCAAUUCAGUGAUUUCUUGAACACACCGCUCGGUGGAAGUUUUGCGACUAUUUUCUUUCUUUGGUUUGCGCUCUCUGGAUGGUUGUUCCGAGUGAUAAUAAUCGCGACAUGGGUUCUUCCAAUUGCUGGCCCUCUUCUUAUUGGUGCAGUGGCCAAUAACUUCGUCAUCAAGGGAGAAUGCCCGGCGUGUAAGAGACAGUUCAUUGGAUACAAGAACCAAGUCAUCAGAUGCGAGGGAUGUAGAAAUAUAGUGUGGCAGCCACAAGGCGACUUCUUCUCAAGAGAGGGCAACAACAACAAUAACGACAACAACAACAAGGGUAACUCUAAAAAGCCACCUAAGUCCCAAAUCAUCGAUGUCGACUUCGAGGAGAAAUGAUGAUCAGAGAGAGAGACCGAUAUAGUAGGUGACAAUGAAGCAGAAGGCGAUUUAAAAGUGUGUUUCGGUAGUAGCUGAACCAUUUGCCGUUUUUGUUUGUUUUAAGCUGCAGCUAUGCGGAAAGGCACUCGUGUUGCUUGUUAUGUACAUGAUAUAUAAGGACUUUGCGUAGAUGAAUAAAUUUAGUUUCCAUGAGAA